GGGGCGCGGCGGGGGACACGGCAGCCGCCGUGGGGCUCGUUCGGGCGACGGCGGCGGCAGCGGCGUCUGGUCCUCCUCCCUCAACCCCUUGCUCCUCCUUUCCUUCCCCUCCCUUUCCUUUCCAGCCAGGCCUCGUCUAGUCUCCCUCACAGCGGCCCCGAUCCUACGUAAAGGCAUGAUUUCCCGGCACCGCAGGGAAAACAGGGUGCAAGCCCAGAAACUACUUUCCCACCACCACUUGUUGAAAAAUUGAUUGGAAGGCAUCUGCGGGUUUGAACUAGCGUCGAAGUGCCCUGAUUUGGUGCGUUUCGUUUUUAAACUGAAGAAUCUUGACUACUUAAGUUAUCAAGAAGAAAAAAAAAAACAUAAACUGGAAACUAAUCCGGUAAACAUAACUUUACUAAGAGUCAGAAAUGGAACGGUUUGUAGUAACAGCACCACCAGCUCGAAAUAGAUCUAAGACUGCUUUGUAUGUGACACCCCUGGAUCGAGUCACUGAGUUUGGAGGUGAGCUUCAUGAAGAUGGAGGAAAACUCUUCUGCACUUCUUGCAAUGUGGUUCUGAAUCAUGUUCGCAAGUCUGCCAUUAGUGACCACCUCAAGUCAAAGACUCACACCAAGAGAAAGGCAGAAUUUGAAGAGCAGAAUGUGAGAAAGAAGCAGAGGCCCCUAACUGCAUCUCUUCAGUGCAACAGUACUGCACAAACAGAGAAAGUCAGUGUUAUCCAGGACUUUGUGAAAAUGUGCCUGGAAGCCAACAUCCCCCUUGAGAAAGCUGAUCAUCCAGCAGUUCGUGCUUUCCUGUCUCGCCAUGUGAAGAAUGGAGGCUCCAUACCUAAGUCAGACCAGCUGAGGAGAGCAUAUCUGCCUGAUGGAUAUGAGAAUGAAAAUCAGCUUCUCAACUCACAAGAUUGUUGACAAGGAGGUUAUCACCUUUGUGAUCAAGAUAAAUAAUGUUGAGUAUUAAAGUUAUGUGUUGAUUGUGUGGUUCAUUUUUAUAUUUAUUUCAUUUAAAAUCAUGUGAUGCAGAAUAGUUUUGCAUUGUGUAUAUAGUUGCAGGAAAACGAAAAGAUCUCAUUGCAAAACUUACUGUUAAUUUUAGUCACCAAUGGUAUAAAGCAAAACUUAGGUAUAGAGUGUACUAGGACACGUGAAACCUGACAGUUAUCUUUAAAAUUGAUGGUUUUUCUCCUGAAAUGUUUAUGCAUGGAAGAACUGCCCACUUUUAAUGCUAUUGCCAUGUAUGAUUAUUUCUUGUGAGAUUACUUAUCUGUAUUGAAGACUAGCCUAUAAAACUGAAGCUGCUGCCAGGCAACACCAUUCACAGUAGCCUAAUGGCAUUAUUUCUAAUCAGAUGAUCUUUUAAAUGGAAAAAGGUGAGAAAACUGUUCUACUCUCUCAAAACCCUAGCAGAAAUGACUGUUUAUUCCAAACUCUGGUAUGUGCAUAUAAAUAUUCUUCAGUUCCUCACUUGUCUCUUCCAUCUCCCAUCCCCCUUUUAAAGACUUACUGUAUUUACUAGCAGCUUCUAGUGACCAAAAGACUUAAACUCAUAAUGUCAGUGCCAAAAGCCAUGGGGAAUUAACAGUGAUGAGAUUUUAGUUUCUUAUUUUGAACACAAAUUUUUGAGCCAUCACUUUCAUUUUAAGCAUCAUCUUGAAUAUGCAAACUUUUUUGUCUUGGUAUUGAAAAGGACUGUAGGAUUACUAUUUAGAAACAGGUAUUUUUUGGUUGAGUUUCCUCAUAGUUACUUUUUGGCUGACAGAUCAAAUAAGAAAAACAUCCUAUACAUUUUUUUUCCAUGAGUUUAUUUAGAUAAAUAGAAACAAGUUAUGCUUUCACUUUUCUCUGCUUUGCCUCUGAUGGUACAAGGUUUUGAACAUAAAUGGUAAAUAGGUGUCUUGAAAAAUCUGGCAAGAUUAUUGUACUGAAAAUGUAGCAGUGUCUAGAACCACCUGUUUGAGUGAACAAAUAAUCAGUUCUGUUCACAGUCAACCAUGUUCAGCAAAUGAUCUCUGAGCCUCACUGCUCACUAAGGUUACUAUGGUCGUAGUUUCGCCCAGUUAUGUCCUCUCCAUUAGAGAUCCAAGCUAUAUUGUUCAGAAUUGUGACAUCUGAAAACUGAAAACUAGAAUAUUAGCUGAAAAACAAUAUUUGACAACAUCCAAGUUUAAAAUACUUGUAUAUUUCUUUGAUAAAGCAGCAAUGGUGAUGUCCUAUAUGACUUGGAGUUAUUUUUGAGGUUAUUUUGUCACAAUCUUUUUUUAAAAAACCAAAGUGGAUAAGAAAAAUUCUUUGAAAGCAAUUUUCCUGUCUUAAAUGUCUUUAUAGACAUAAGUUCCUAACAAGUUGUUAAUGAGGCCACCUGAUUUUAGAUGUUGCUUUUAAGAAGCCUGCUACCAAAAAAAAAAAUCACUUGUCAAAAUUUGAAGUUUCACAUUUUUUCUCGUACUUUGUUAAAGUAGCACAGUAUAUGCCUAGAGUUGUGCUGUUAUUUUUAAGCAUAUGCAUGAGGAGCCCAGCAGCAAAACAACCAAAAUUAUUGUGCAGGCAACCAUGUUUAAAUUAUCUAAGAUAAUAGAAUAUCUAAGAAGAAAAUAAUUGAGUUUAUAGCACUAUUUUCAGAAUAAAAAAUAUGAUUAGAUAAUCAUUCUAGUUUUUCAAAAUUCCCUAAGAUUUAGACUGAUCGUUACUGUAUUUUUUUAAUUUGCACUACCAGUAAGUACGUGUAGUGGAAGAAUGUUCAGUAGCCCAUUAAGUUGGUUGAUAUUGCACUAGGAAACCUUCAGUAAUUCACGUUUGACUUUCUAGUAGUUCUUACUGUUCUGAUGAUCAUUUAAUCUCUAUAUAUCUUGCAUAUUUUUCCAGACUUCUAACUAUUCCCACAUUGGCCAUAUCUAGGGGCAUAGUCUUGUUAGGGUUUAUAUCAUGUCCUUAGGAUGAGCUUUCCAUCUUGUGGUGGGGUUAAUGUUUCUUUGCUGAUUAUGAAACUCAUUUCCUGGAACGGAUUAACUUUGCCUUAUAGGCUAAGUAAGAAAGUGAUUGGUUUAGCCUGCUCAAACUGAUACAAAUACAUAGAACCUUGAUUGGCAGUGUUAGGUAGCAAAUGAGAAUGACCAAGAAAGAGGUUUAGUGAAUAUGUGUACAGACACUCUCAAUCUUAACUAUAUAGUGUUAGUGUGAUGCUAUACUAUUGGAAAAUAGCAACUUCUUUUUCUGAUUUAUAAGUUGUAUACAUAAACAUAAGAUUUGUACUGUUUCAUUUAUAAACUGCCUUUGACACAAGCUUACCUGUUAAUAGUGUUUUCUCAAGAUACAGUAGUAUGUCUUCCAGAAUUUCAAUAUGUGCUUACAGUAAAUAGUUCAUAGCUUGUUGAAAUGUUGAAUUUUGUUGACUUUUUUAAUUUCUUUUUUUUUUUGUACUAUACUGGGCAUAUAGCAAGGCUGAAGGACAUUGUAAUCAUUUUUUACAGGGUGAAAAUUUAGGAAGAUUGUGUAUGAGAACCAAUAUAGUUACUUUAUCCAUUAUUUUUGAUUAAGACUUUUUUUUUUCUUUUUCUAAACAAAUGCCAUUUCCAGUUAAUGCCUUUGGCCCUCCAGAAUUUUCAGGGACCAUAAAAUUUUGUAGAAAAAGUUUUGCAUUUACUAUUGUAACCAGUUCAGCUUGGGAUUGCUCUGAAGUGUUAGCUGCUUAUAAAGUAAGUAUAGUUGGCAGUAUUUCCAGGCUGAGUUCCAUGUUCAAACUUUUGCCUGAAAUAAUUUGUAUGUGAAUGUUAAUGGAAAUACAUAUAAGCAAAAUAAAAGUUAAGGUGACCUCAAAAGGCACAAUUACUUGGUUCUUAGUCUUUGUAAGGGCUCUGUGUUUGACUUGCCCCAACUGCCAUUAAAUGACAACAGAUCACCUGAAGGUAUGUUAAUUUGAUUUAUUCACAAGAAGAUAAGUUCUAUAACUUACUGAAAAUCUUUGGCUAAAAUAAAUUGCUUCAGCUUCUGGUUGGCAUUGAUUAGAAUGUGAAUAGUGAAGUGGCUAUCCUAAACCUUGGUUUAUCUCAACUCACACUAUCAUAGAUUUCUGAGGCAAAUAUGGUUCUUAUCUAGUGGUAUUCGACUUGUAUCCAGAAUACUGUAUUAAUUAAAACAUUAUUAUGUUCAUUUUUGUAUUCCUGUGCUUUUUUUUGUUCACGCAUGUAUCUUUAGUACAAAUGUGUUGCUAUUAAGAGUUUGUCUCUGACUUUUACAAAUAAAUUUUGAAGUUUUAGAA